UAUACUUCGUUUUUUUUUUUGAAAAAUUGAACCGAUCAUUGAACCCUGCCAUUAUAUCUCUCCUCACCGCCGUGAACAGACUUUACCGGCGGCAAUGGACGCGGUGUUGAAGUCAAUCGACGUACGAGACCUUCUCUCAGCAGCAGACUUAGACGAUCCGUCAUCACCGCUUUCGGCACCAGACCUCCGCCUUCUGAUCCACCGUCUCGACGCCCAUUCUCAGCACAUCAAAUCCACAGUCCAAUCCUACCUUCUCUCUCAUCACUCUCACUUUGCCGAUCUCCUCUCUCUCUCCUCCUCCACCUUCUCCGACUCUCUUUCUCUCUCCUCCAACCUCCACUCUCUUCUCUCUCUCUUCUCCCACGGCAAUGAUCAUCGUCAGAUUCUGUCGCUUUUGAAGGAGAUUCAAUCCACGGUUGCUGAUUUAGAUGCGACGAAGAACCAAGCAUCAAUUAUGAGGGUGAUUGUGAAGUUGAGUGAGAAUUUGGGGAAUGUGAAGGAAUUGAUGAGGAUUGGAGAUGUUUUUGCGGCCGCGAAAUGUGUUAAGAAUUUGAAGACGGCGUUGAGGGUUGGAGAUGUUGACGAGGAGAGAGAAAAUGAGGAAGUUGUGGUUUAUGGUUUGCUCAGGAACCAAUGGUUGCUCUGCUUUGAGGAGAUUCAAGAUUUGCUUGUCAAGUUUAUGAACAAUGCGGUGAGUUAUGACACUGAUUUUGGCGGAAUUCGGGUUGUUUAUCGCUCCGGCGUUGGUGAGGCUCAUGGCGUCGAGCUUCGUACUGUUAUGGAAGCCAUGGAUGCGCUAGGAAUACUUGAUUAUGGGCUUGCAAGGACCGCCGACUUAUUCAUCAAGCAUGCCAUUGCUCCUGCAUUGAAUUUUAACUCCCCCGUUUCGUUUCUGGAAGAAUCUAGUGGUAGCUUGGUCGAGGGCAGUGACAAAAUCUUGAAGAUAGUCUCAAGUUCAGAGUCGAAGACAGACGACAUUGAUAGCGAUGCUCUAUUCUCAAGAAUGACGAUAGUUGUUAAGUUUAUCCACCAGUAUAUAUGUCUUGAAAAUGAUCCUUGGAUGCGUUGUUUCGGAAGGUUGACGUGGCCAAGAAUGUCUGAUCUUAUUAUUUCUAACUUCCUCUCAAAGGUUGUCCCUGAUGAUGCUUCAAAGUUAGUUGAUUUUCAGAAGAUCAUGAACUCUUCUUCUGAAUUUGAGACUGUUUUAAAGGAGGUUAUGUUCAUUUCUGACUCUGAUAAGAAUGAUGAAAGAUUAAGCAACUUUGCUGAUAACGUGGAGGUGCACUUUGCUGUGAGGAAAAAGAGAGAAAUGCUGGCAAAUGCUAGACAGUUGAUUCUACAAUGUGACUUUACUGUUCCAGAAGAGUUUAGCAGCAAAGGACCGAAGUUCAGAAAUAACAGAUACAAUGACUGUGCUGUCAAUUUGCUUUUUUCGUCAGAGAGGUGUAUAGUGUCCCUUGCUGCUUGUCAGUUGAUGAAGUUGGUGCAUCAAACACUUAAAGAUGUUUGUUUGUCAUCCCCAAGAGUGGCGUUGGAAUUCUAUCAUGCUGCAAGGGAUGUUCUGUUGCUGUAUGAAGCUACCAUUCCAAUUAAGUUAGAGCGACAACGAGACAUCAUCAACCAGGCUGCUGUUCUUAUGCACAAUGAUUGUCUUUAUCUCUCCCAGGAAAUUCUGGGCCUGGCAUUUGAGUACCGACCAGACUUUCCUAGCUUCUUAAAAGAGCAUGCUGUAUUUGUUGAUAUAGCUCCUAGGUUGCAGCUGUUGGCAGAAGACAUUCUCCAGCAGCACAUUCAAGUUACUAUUUCAAACUUGAAGGAAGCUGUAGAUGGUGCUGAUGGAUUUCAGAAUACUCACCAAAUGCCGCAAUACGAGUCUGUGAAGUUCAGUUUAGAACGGGUUAUUUUCAUCAUUGAGAAAGUUCGCAUUCUGUGGGAGCCUGUCUUACUACCUUCAACUUACAAAAGGUGUAUGUGUAUGGCUCUGGAAUCAGUCUUCUCAAGAAUUUCGCAAGACAUACUCCUCUUAGAUGAUAUAGCUGCUGAAGAGUCUCUUCAACUUCAAAGACUGAUUCAAUCGUUGCUGGAGAGUCUGGCACCAUUGCUUGAGGCCCUCACCACUAUUAAAAAUGAUAAGAAUUCUGAUCAGAGCUAUUCACGUCCACUCGAAGCUGACAUCCCAUCCUUGGGAAAAAUCCUAAAACUGGCUGAACUUCUGGACAUGCCAUUGAAGUCCAUCACUGAAGCUUGGGAAAUCGGAGACUUGUAUGGUUGUGGAUUUAUUUUAACAGAGGUUGUAGAUUUUAUCAAAGCCCUAUUUACGGACUCGCCCUUGCGGAAAGAUUGCUUGACCAGAAUAUACAGAAUCAACUUCUAGAAGGAUGUUGUUGUAUUAUGAAACAUGAAUUUAGUACACCUAAACAGUCUCCUCAAUACUAGAACUGCGGAGUACACCACUUUAUUUCUAGGGCAUAUUUGUUGUAAAUACAUAUCCCUGUAAUAUGUAUUUUCUGAAGAAAAUUUUGUCACAGAAUGAAAUGUUUAGUGCUUGCAGAAAGUAA